AAAAUCGAAAUCGGAGCUCUAGUAUCGGAGCGUUUGGACAGUAAAAACAGCUUCCUCGGAGCUCAGACCGAGCAGAUUCCCAGUGCAAUGCACGUUAGGCGUUUAUUUACAUUUUCUGAACCCACGACAGAGUAAAGAUCCAAAGGAACGGGCUGCAGCGGUGUGUGUUUUAACCAGAAACCCGUCAAAUGAACUCCGUCAGAGCGACCAACCGCAGACCGCGGCGAGUGUCGAGGCCGCGCCCGGUUCCGCCGGACAGAAACAACGCAGAAAGAGAUGAGGAAGUUCCUGCCGAGAUGGUCGCAGAAGAAUCUGUUCAAGGAGCUCAGAAUAGUCCGUACCAACUUCGAAGAAAAUCUCUGUUACCGAAGAGAACAGCUUGUCCAACAAAGACCAACAUGGAGGGUGCUUCCACUUCAACAACAGAAAACUUUGGGCAUCGGGCCAAACGGGCCAGAGUGUCGGGAAAAUCACAAGAUCUGCACGUCACUCCAGCAGAGCAGUACCUGCAGGUGAAGCUUCCUGAUGAGGUGGUUUUAAAAAUCUUCUCUUACCUGUUAGAGCAGGACCUUUGUCGAGCCGCAUGUGUGUGCAAACGCUUUAGUGAAUUGGCCAAUGACCCCAUCCUCUGGAAGAGACUCUAUAUGGAGGUUUUUGAGUACACACGUCCCAUGAUGCACCCUGAGUCUGGGAAGUUCUUUCAGAUUAACCCAGAAGAGUACGAGCAGUCCAAUCCCUGGAAAGAGAGCUUUCAGCAACUGUAUAAAGGCGCUCAUGUGAAACCAGGAUUUGCUGAACAUUUCUACAGUAACCCAGCCAGAUAUAAGGGUCGAGAGAACAUGCUGUAUUAUGACACCAUCGAGGACGCUCUGGGAGGAGUUCAGGAAGCCCAUUUUGACGGUUUGAUAUUUGUCCACUCUGGUAUCUACACAGAUGAAUGGAUCUACAUAGAGUCGCCGAUCACAAUGAUAGGCGCUGCUCCCGGGAAAGUAGCAGAUAAAGUCAUCAUUGAGAACACUAGAGAUUCAACGUUUGUGUUUAUGGAAGGGUCAGAGGAUGCAUUUGUAGGCUACAUGACAAUUAAGUUUAAUCCUGAUGAUAAAUCAGCUCAACAUCACAACGCUCAUCACUGCCUGGAGAUCACAGUCAACUGCAGCCCCAUCAUUGACCACUGCAUCAUCCGCAGUACCUGCACAGUGGGCUCAGCUGUGUGUGUGAGCGGUCAGGGUGCAUCACCCACUAUCAAACACUGUAACAUCAGUGACUGUGAGAAUGUGGGACUCUACAUCACCGAUCAUGCACAGGGCAUUUACGAAGACAAUGAGAUAUCCAAUAAUGCUCUAGCUGGGAUCUGGGUGAAAAACCAUGGCAACCCCAUUAUCAGACGGAACCAUAUCCAUCAUGGGAGAGAUGUUGGGGUGUUCACGUUUGACCACGGAAUGGGCUACUUUGAAAGCUGCAACAUCCACAGGAACCGGAUAGCAGGUUUCGAGGUCAAGGCGUAUGCUAACCCUACUGUAGUACGCUGUGAGAUCCAUCACGGUCAGACGGGAGGCAUCUACGUACACGAGAAGGGUCGAGGACAGUUCAUCGAGAACAAGAUCUAUGCAAACAAUUUUGCGGGUGUGUGGAUUACCUCCAACAGCGACCCCACAAUUAGGGGUAAUGCAAUAUUCAAUGGCAACCAAGGUGGAGUUUACAUUUUUGGUGACGGCAGAGGUCUCAUUGAAGGGAAUGACAUCUAUGGCAACGCUUUAGCUGGGAUUCAGAUCCGGACCAACAGCUGCCCGAUUGUCCGGCACAACAAGAUCCACGACGGACAGCAUGGAGGAAUCUAUGUGCAUGAGAAAGGUCAGGGAGUGAUCGAGGAGAAUGAGGUGUACAGUAACACACUGGCUGGUGUCUGGGUGACCACAGGCAGCACACCUGUACUCCGCAGGAACCGGAUACACAGUGGUAAACAGGUUGGCGUUUAUUUCUAUGAUAAUGGUCAUGGUGUAUUAGAAGACAAUGACAUCUACAACCACAUGUACUCUGGUGUUCAGAUCAGAACUGGAAGCAAUCCCAAAAUUAGGAGGAAUAAGAUCUGGGGUGGACAGAAUGGAGGAAUCCUUGUUUACAAUUCAGGUUUAGGCUUUAUAGAAGACAAUGAGAUCUUUGAUAACGCCAUGGCUGGAGUUUGGAUCAAGACCGACAGCAACCCAACACUCCGCAGAAACAAGAUCCACGAUGGCAGGGAUGGAGGAAUCUGUAUAUUCAACGGAGGACGAGGUUUGUUGGAAGAGAAUGAUAUCUUCAGGAAUGCUCAGGCUGGAGUUCUCAUUAGCACCAACAGUCACCCUGUGCUUCGCAAGAACAGGAUAUUCGACGGUUUUGCUGCUGGUAUUGAGAUUACCAACCAUGCAACCGCAACUUUAGAAGGCAAUCAGAUCUUCAACAACCGUUUCGGCGGCCUGUUCCUUGCAUCUGGUGUCAAUGUCACAAUGAAAGAUAACAAAAUCAUGAACAAUCAAGAUGCGAUUGAAAAAGCUGUGAGUAGAGGUCAGUGCCUGUACAAGAUUUCCAGUUACACCAGCUAUCCAAUGCAUGAUUUUUACAGGUGUCACACCUGUAACACGACAGACCGUAACGCCAUCUGUGUGAACUGUAUCAAGAAAUGCCAUCAAGGACACGAUGUAGAAUUUAUUAGACAUGAUAGGUUUUUCUGUGACUGUGGCGCUGGGACUUUGUCGAACCCUUGCACGCUAGCCGGAGAGCCAACUCACGACACAGACACGCUGUACGAUUCGGCCCCUCCUAUAGAGUCCAACACACUGCAGCACAACUGAAGCAGAAUGCAUCAGC